GAGUUGCUCAGGGGAGUGUCUUGCGUUGUUAAUGCUGAGUAGCUCCGGCAGCUACUGUGGUUUAAGGUCGUUAGUCACUCGCUGUGGGUGCGCCGUGCAGAGCUGCUCACAGCACCCUCCUGGUCCCGCCAGGCCAGUAGGUCGGGAAAAGCCACAACGGGGAUGAGGGCCUCUAGGCAGAUAUUUCCGAACUGGUUCUGCAUCCUCUGGCUGCCGCUUCUGCUGAGGGCUGUCUCCUGCUCCCCACUGCCUGCUGCAGAGCUUCCGCCGCCUGCUGCGCUCCCCUUCGGGCUGUCCCAGGGACAGACCUGUGUCGGAUGUGUGCUUGUGGUCUCUGUGAUUGAACAGCUUGCCCAGUGGCACAACAGUACUGUAAAGGCAGCCAUGGAGAGACUGUGCAACUACAUACCUGAAAAACUGCAAGGUUUCUGUUAUGUCCUUGCUGAAGUGUAUGGACCACACAUAGCUGAACUCAUAGACAGGGAAAUGAAUGCCGAUGUGGUCUGCCAUUCCUUGAGGCUGUGCAAACAGGAUCCAGGACAACCCCUUUGUCAUCUCUACCCUCCUCCCAAGGUGGGGCUGAGUACCGCAAUAUGGAAAGCAAAAAGGAUUUUGAAGAAUUCCAAGGACGUGAAAAGCACCGUGGGGUUCCCAAAUCUAUGCGCGUUUCCCCUUCUGGCUGACCUGUGUGAAAAGAUUAAAUACGUCCUAAGAAACAAACUGCCUUUUGAAGAUUUUGAUGGAGAUAAAUUUAGUACUUUCCCAACACUGAGGGGCUAUCACUGGCGCGGAAGAGACUGUGAUGACAAAAACACCACCGUGUACCCUGGCAGACGUCCUGAUAACUGGGAUGCGAAAAGCGACUCUAACUGCAAUGGCAUAUGGGGUGUGGAUCCAAAAGAUGGAAUUCCCUACGAGGAAAAAUUCUGCAAAGGUGCGGACUCCCAGGGGGUGGUGCUUUUGGGAGACUCGGCUGGCGCGCACUUCCACAUCCCGCCCGAGUGGAUGACUGUCACACAGAUGUCCACGAAAUCGUUUGCUAAUCUCCCCAUGGCUUUCACCGAUGAGCUUGACUGGCCCCAGUUCUCAGAGAUCACUGGGUUCCUAAACUCCACCAUUGGAGGCUGGACAGAUUCUCUGUAUCUACGUUUACGCAGGAGAAAUCGCUGCAAUCACAGAGACUUACAGAACAUUUCCCAAAAUGGUGGUUCUUCACGAAAUCUCCUUGGUUUAAUAAAAAGCUUGGCCAGAAACCAACUGUUGGACAACCCAGCCAUAGUCGUCUAUGCUACAAUUGGAAAUGAUGUCUGCAAUGGGAACCGGGACACGCUGGCUCACAUGACCACCCCCAAAGAAAUGUUCUCCAAUGUCAUGAAAGCUCUGCAAUACCUGGACUCCCAGCUUCCAAACAGCAGCCACGUGAUUCUGACAGGCUUGGUGGAUGGACGCUUUCUCUGGGAUAACCUGCACAACAGAUAUCAUCCUCUGGGGCAGCUGAAUAGAGAUGUAACCUACAGCCAACUGUACUCUUUUCUCAACUGCCUUCGGGUGAGCCCCUGCAGUGGCUGGCUGACUGCCAACGAGACCCUCAGGAACCUGACUUCAGAGAGAGCCUUACAACUUUCCAAUGUCCUGAGAGAAAUCUCCAUAACUCAGAAGUUUGCCAACUUUGAUGUUUUCUACAUGGAUUUCCCACUGAAACAAACAGCCGAAGAGUGGCACAGGAUGGGUGGUGAGCCCUGGCAGCUGAUCGAGCCAGUCGAUGGCUUCCACCCCAGCCAGAUUGCUGCAGCCCUGGGAACUAGCAUUACCUGGCAGAAGGCACUGCAUGAAUGGCCUCAAGUGCUUGGAAAGGAGAAUCCAUUCAAUGACCAGAUUGAAGCUAUAUUCAACGAUCAAGGUGGACAUUGACUCCCAGCUGACGAAGCCAUGUCUUAUGGUGAUGCUUCCCAGUACACUCUGGGAAACAGAAUUAUUAGAGACCAAAAAAAAAUAAAAAAGAAAAAAAAAAGAGGAAGCAAGUUAUCAGAGCCAAACUUCUUUUUCUGUUGUUCAAAAUAGCAGUACAAAGAACCAACAGUGCUGAAGCUAGCACAACUGCAUUCUUCUCAGCGUUGCAUCUCAAACUGCAAAGUCAUCCACCUGCGCAAGUAGGCAAGUUUUUCUGUGGAGCUUCAAAAAUAAAAAUCAAAGGAUACCUGCCAGCUAGGCUGCUUAUUGUACCAGUUUGCAAAUCCAAAAGAUUUUUUCAACACAGAGCAAACCUCAUUGUUUUCCUUGCAGAACGUUACUUCUGGACUUUCCAUUUGUACUGUUUCAACAGCUAAUCUGAUCCCAAAAGGGACAGGGGGGCACCCAGCUUGUUUUGCUAUAAAUUGUUUAUGUGUAAUUGCCCUGACUGUCAGUACUUAAUUUAGCUGCUAUUUGCUUAUUAAAGUGUGACAAGAAUAACAAGGCACUAGGAAUUAGAUUUGCCUGGCAGUGUUAGUUCAGCCUGAGCAUAGGUUCUCUUCCCCACCAUUAACAAGCUGGUAACUUCACAACCUUCCAUUAUUUAAAGCAGAUUACUUUUUAAAGCUCUAACUCAUCUUCACUCUUUUGCUUCAUAACAAACAUAAGAUGCUCUCUGCUGCUCAUUGUGUAGGCAUGCCCUCAGGAGUCACUGAAGGUAAUGGGCAGUUCUUACCUGCUCUACUUCAUAAGUAGAAUCGAAGACUGAGACAUAAAAGUAGUUUUUACACCAGCUUGCCCAAUACUGAUGAAAAAAAAAAGAGAGAGAGAGAAAGAAAGAACUCACACAACAACAAAAUACCCAAUCAACCAGGACUAGAGACAGCUCUGCUCUACUCGCAGCCCUACUGGUUGCAUAAAGUUUACACAGGGAAAAUCAAGGUAAAUAGGAAGUGUUAGCAUGGCAUGACUGAACCCAUCAGAGUCAGCCAAGGCUCAGGUGUACUCAGUCUGCCUUUUGUUUUGAAUGCAUCCUUUGCAAAGGCUGUGUCAGCUGUGACCCACCUCUGAGGCUGCUUGGCAAACUGAAUGAGCGCACUGCUGCGCAUGGGACUGAGCACACCGGUCAUGUCUGCACGAGAUGCAUCUGCUCAGCAGUUUGAAUAGGCAGACAAGGACUUGAAAAUGUUACAGAUCUUCUUCCCUUAUUUUUACUUUAGUCUAGUCAAUGCAACACCUUUUAUUAUGGGACCUAUGGGACAACUGUUAACAUUUAUAAAAGAAAUUCUAGUCACCUGUUUUAGGAAAUCAAGAGGAAAUAAAUUCCUUAAUUGAAUUAUACUUACUAAUAAUGCUCCAAUUCAUUCAAGGCAUUUAGGCAUUACCAAAAUAUCCACUGUCUCCCAAGAAACAGUUUCAACCCAUUCUUCCUCAGACAUGCCUCUGCUAUCAAGCGUUAGAAGAGGGAAAAGGAAACCCAACCUCUCUGCCAAAGAGCAUAGUGUGCAAUGUACACUUGCCAAGUCAGCCUUCCUAUCUUUCAUUAAAAACACCACGAGGACAAAAAUCAACUGCAUCCGCCUUUGGUUUUGCUAUAGAUCAGAUACAAUAGGACAAUACCAAUGGAAUCCUGUCAAAUAAUUUCCUGUACACCAAUAUAGAAAUGAAGCAAUUAAGAAGAGGGAAGAGAACAGCAUGUGUUCAGAAGCCAAGUUUUCAGGCAAUCUCAUUGCAAAUGAUUGUGUUUCAUUUUAGGUUAGGCUUUAAUAAUGUCAAUUAGGAGUUAUAAAAGCUAGUGAAAAUGAAGCUUCCUCAGUUAAAAAAGAUUCAUUGCCCGGAGCAAAGCAUUUUCCAUUUGUAGAAUUUCUUAUUAGUAAACAUCUUGAAAUCGUGAACCAUAGAAAAAGCCUUCUUACAAAAUUAGAACGUCCUUUCAAUCAAGAGAGACUGAAGCCUCCAAAGGCAAAUCUCAAAGCUCUCAGAUUUGUCCUAGCAGCAUUACUGCUCUGUGCUUGAUGCAGUCUUUGAGGGACAUCAAAAAAUGGGCUUGCCAUUGGCUGUAGGAGCCCUGAACAAACCUCGUCCUCAUGCCUCAGCAGCAAACUCUGCCGUUCAGCAUUAAAUCAGGCUGGAUGCAAAAAUCCGAUUUGUAACUAAGGCAGUAACUAUUUGCAAAUAAAGAGAAAUUGGAGGGUUGUUAAGCCAUCA